GGCGGGGGCCGGGCGGGCGCGCGGUCGCGGCCCAGCGGAGCCCAAAGACGCGGCCCCGGCCCGGCCCGGCCCGGCCCGGCCCGCAGAUGCUGUGACAGCCAUGUCGGACGAGAAGCCCCCGCAGCUCGUGGAUUACUUCGUGGUGGCCGGGCUGGCGGAGGCGUCGCGGGCGCUGGAGGAGGAGCAGCAGCCGCGGCCGGCGCGGCCCGGGGAGCCCAUCACGGACGUGGCCGUGAUCAUCCGCUCGCAGGGCGAGGAGGUGCCCCAGGGCUUCACCUGCAUCGAGACCAGCACGUCGGGCCACCCCGUGGACCUCAACGCAGGGCUGCUCAACAACCCCCAGAUGUUCCUGUGCUACAAACGCGGGCGGACAAACCCCCCCUGAUCGAG